AUGGGGACCUUGCGAGAUGAGAAACUUGGAAAAUUUCAAAGCACACAUUCGCAGACGCCUGUCGUGCUCUUGGGUUUCCUAUUAAUUAUCGUAAUUAACAUUCCGGAAGUGUUGGGUGGCAAGUUUUCUAAUGCUAUGGGGCAAAUCUCGCCGCAUCGCCAUUUGAAUGGGAUUCACGGAUUCCCCAGAAAGGCUCUAAAACCUGAUCAACACUACGAGAAAGGAGAUCAGGCGAAGUCAUCCAAAAAGAGCUACGGAGGCGUUGCCGAUGUGAUCCUCCCAGUCGCCAAGGCGUCUCCUCUUAAUGGUGGAUACUGGUUCCAGCUACACAACGAAAGCGAUGUGCAGAGCCGAGAGGUUCAAAUACCACGGAAUACAUACAAAGCAGUGCUUGAGAUCUGCGUCUCCUUCCAUUGCUCUGAUGAAUUCUGGUACACCAACCCGCCCAAUGAGUUCCUUGAAGCGAACAACGUCAGCGACCGAGUUGCAGGAAACGGCACCUUCCGAGAGGUGCUUGUGUCGGUAGAUGGCCUCCUCGCAGGAGCCGUGUACCCAUUUCCCGUAUUCUACACGGGCGGCGCUGACUACUACUUCUGGCGGCCCAUUUCCGGCAUCGGCUCCUUUGUCCUACCUUCAUACGACGUUGACAUCACGCCAUUUCUCGGUAAACUCGUCGACGGACUCAACCACACAUUCAGUGCGACAGUCACAAAUGCCCUUCCCUUCUGGCUCAUCAACGCUAACCUGCACCUCUGGGUUAAUCCGUCAUUGCAUGUCACCAAAGGUGAACUGGUAGAGCACUCCACCGUUGCUAGUCAAUCUCAUACCAAGUCAAGAUUCCUAGGAUUGGACGGGACGUUCCUCACAGAUGCCUCGAGAGUGCUCUCAUACCAAGGUUACCUGGAAUCCUCGUUCGGCAACCUGACCACAAGUGCAUUCUACUCGUCUCGCUUCUCGAACAAGCUCGUGUAUACCGAAGGCGCCAGAGCCAGUGCGGUUCACCAGGAUAGCAAGACGGAGGCAAAGAUGGUCGUGAAAUCAGACAAAAAGGACCUGGUUUACGAUCGUCGCGCCACGAGCUUUCCCUUAAAGUUUUUCUACCGGGAGACCCAGCACGAAAAUGGGACGGUGUUUGUGAAGGUGGAUGUAAACCGUUCGUGGGAUCAAGAGCAGCAGAUGCAGUCCACGAUUGGCGAGGGCGGGGGCUCGAUUGUGGCGGCGUCAUACUUCGUCACUAUCGUAGUCUUCUUCACCAAAAGUGAAGAGAGAAGCGUCAUGCAUGAAAAUGUUCAACCAGAGGUCAUGCCUGGAGGCAAAGAUGACCUGAAAUUUAAUGUCGCUGAAUCUCCUAGAAAUCGGUGCGACAAAGUAGUUCAAGACUCCUCUACCGUGGAAAAGAACUACACCAACAACCAGAAUACAUACUUUGGUUUAAGCAAGUUAAGUGUAUAACUGAAUGAUAAACAGUAGCAAAAUUUGACUUGGAAAUCAUCAUCUUGAAGUAAAAAUGACUAAAACAUACAUGCCAUGGUGAAAUUACAAACUAAUCCAGUGCCAAUGUCACAAAACAAGUAAAUGACAAAAUGCUGCAUUGGAGAUGGAAUUCAUACUGCUUCAC